CAGCAGCCCGACUCCAUACCUAGGUAUUCACUGCAAGAGAUAUAUCAAUCCCUGACUGCCGGGGAGAAAGAGUCUGUCUGUCUGUCACAAGCACAAUCCAGGUAGCCUCCUCACACCAUGAUUGUUUGAUUUUCUCCAGUGAAUAUUAAUAUUAUAUGACCACCUUGUGCCGGUCUCACUGAAUCAAUCCUCAAUUGAAGAUGUGAAAGACUCUGCUCAAUACUUUCACUCUUCCCUUCUCUUCCUCAUACAUCCUUUCCCUCUUGCCAGCCUACACAGUAAUCAUUUGCUCUCCCCCCAAACUCGGCCGGUCGAAAAUGUCUCAGGCCCAGGACGACAGUCUUGCUGCUGCAGUGGCAUCCGUCGAUCUCGAUCUCAAUGAUGGCGACAAUGCUGGCGACGGCCCUGUGAACAACAUAGAAGCUACCGUCAACGUCAACGGCACGGCAACUCCUGCGAACACCAUCGACGCCGACGAAGAAGAAGAAUAUGGAGAAAUCGUUAAUGAUCUCCCACCACCCGAGGUCAAAAAGAAGAAGAAAAAGAAGAACCGCAAACCACCCAGUAAACGAGGCCUGGUACGUUUCUAACCAUCGAGGACCUCGACACCAACCCGCGAUCCGAACACCUACACAGACACUGACCCUACACUCCAAAACCUUCAGGACAAACCCACCGGUUUCGAAGCCUUCUUCGCAGAUACACCAAUAACCCCAUCCGAACAUGCCGAGGAGCAAGAACUCUACCAUCCAAACAUCGCAUUCGUCGACCGCAUCCUCACAGCCAUCGCACGCUUCGAACGGACCCGCAAACUCACUCCCGAACGCCGCGACAUGCUCUACAAGUACCUGGUCUUCGGUAGUGUCGAAGUCGGGCCCAACGCGCACCAAGGCGGCCAAGGUCAAGGUCAAGACCGAGACACCGAGGACAUGGACAAGACCCAGCUGCUCGCCGCCAUGAGCCAAGCCUCCGUCAGCGACGACAAGCGCCACCUCGGCACCGCGACCAGCCUGUACGAUGUCGACUUCCAAGGCGUCAUGAAAGCCUUCCUCAGCCGCCGAGCCCGACUCCUGUACGGCUUCGAGCUGCGGGACCAAGUAUCUACCCUGACCACCACCCUCGAGCGGUUCAUGGACUAUCUGCUCCAACACGAUGUAUGCCCCGAGUACCGCGACGACGUCCUAGCCACACGAAACCUUUGCCGCGAGUCCACCUCCGAGCUGUGGGACGUGGCCGAGGCAACACGCCGGCUCCCCGGAGACUUCAACAUCGCCUGCUCGACUCUAUUUGGCGGCUACUACUCGGAAAACUACGACGGGAGCGCCGAAUGGGAGACCGACGCUCGAGACGAGAACGUCUUCGUCGGCAUGAACCCCGAAGAAGCUCAGCAAGUCAUUCACUUCGGCGUGGCAGGCGCAGCAGACGAGCCCGUCUACAAGGCAUACGCGGCAGCCGUUGAUAACGGCCGCCUGUUGGCCGUCGACUCGGUCCAAGAGCAUGCCGGAUUUCAAAUCACAAAGAUCGAGCCGCCAACCGACGAAUGCAAAGAAUUGUACACGACCACUUCCCAACAUUUCCGUCCAGUGGGUCGUGUCUAUGCAAAGCCGUGGACCAAUCCCGACCAGCAACCCCAGGAUCUCACCACUGCCGAGAAAGUAGCACCGGUCGCGCCGGCAGCGAAAAACGAUGAGGAGAAGAACCAGUAUGUCUUCUUUGUCGAGUCCAUCUUGCAGUCACACCUGCGCGUUGGCAUGAAAGUCGAAGCCACGAUCCGCACGCUCAACUGCGGAAUCAUGUUUUUCGACGACGUACUGAAUGUCUUCCCUACAUUCGACGAGUACGUGGUCAACGAGCUGAUGGCUGGAUGGAAGGCGCCACGACCCCUUAAGGGCGCUUUUGACUAUGUUGAGAGCGAGCUUGGAGGUGAAGAUGGUGGUCCGGAGAACAUUGAUGAGGGCGAGAUUGAAGGUGAAGGUGAAGGUGAAGGUGAAGGUGAAGGCGAAGGCCGAGGCCGGUGAUGGAAACAGGUGUUCGUGGCCCAUUGGAUCAAUGCUCUCCCCUUCAGCCCAUAUCGAGCUCCGAGUCAGUUCGAGUGAGAGAGUGCUAUUAGCGCCCGACCACCCAUAAGAGUAUCCAAAAGGGCUAUGAAGCGAUGAAUUAGAAAGGAAUUUAUUUUGAUCCCAAUACCUAGGUACUCAACUCAAAGAACAGAGCCUUUUCCCCCGGUAGUACUAGUAAUUCAGCUCUGUCGCUAAAAGCAAGAAGCAAGAAGCAAGCAC